AUGUACUCCUUCAUAGUACUCGGCCUCUUCCAAUCCUCAGUCGGUGUUAUGCUGCAGCCUCUUUCCCAGCACUACUCGCUCGGGGACCUCCACGUCUCGCUCAUCUUCAUCGUAGGACCUCUGGGCUACGUCAUCGCAGCCCAGUCCAGCGACCUUAUUCAUUGCACUUGGGGCCAGAAGGGCAUUGCAAUUUUUGCACCAACACUGCACAUUCUCGGUGCCCUAGUCAUUGCUGCCCACCCACCUUUCGGUAUAGUUCUAGUGGCAUUUGCCGCCGUAGCCCUGGGAGCAGGGCUCUUAGACGGGUCGUGGUGCGCCUGGGCUGCGAGCGGGAGUAAUGCAAAUACUGUCUCUGGCUUGUUGCAAGGGUCUUUCUCUGUGGGUGCGGCCGCUGGACCGUUCCUUGCUGGCACAAUUUUGCCUGCGUGGAACAGACCGUGGUAUGAUUGGUAUUAUUUCCUCGUAAAAUUAUGUGUGCUGUUUCUCGCAUUUAGACACGAAAACGCAUCAAAGUACCGUGAUGAAAAGCACACCGAAGCGGUAUCAACACGCCGUAAAAUCAAUCCAAGAGCCAUGUUCAAAUACGUCGCCACCUGGCUGAUCGCCUUGUACUUCCUCGCAUAUGUGGGAACAGAAACCGCUAUAUCCGGUUGGAUAGUUUCAUUCAUGACACGUCAUCGAAAUGCUACGCCCUACGUGGCAAGCAUGGCUUCUUCCGGAUUUUGGGGUGGCAUGGCUGUUGGGAGGUUUACCCUUGGUGUCGUAACCGACAAGUUGGGUGUGGGUGGCGCAAACAUCAUUUACUUCCUCAUCACCAUAGCGUUUCAGGUUGUUUUUGCCUUUGUUCAGGUACCCAUCGCGUCCAUCGUCUUUAUGACAUUAAUCGGCUUCUUCAUGGGCCCGAUGUUUGCCUCCGGCAUCGUUAUCCUCACUCGACUACUACCCGCAGAAUUGCACGUCGCAGCCGUCUCAUUCACAGCUUCCGCUGGUCAGGUUGGAGCCGCAUUUUUACCUUUUGGCAUUGGUGCUUUCAUCCAGGGAAUGGGAAUUGGCGUUUUUCGGUUUGCAGUUGUCAUUCUGUCCAUUUUGGCACUUUUGGCCUGGGUCCCUGUCUCGCGGCAACGGCCGGCAAUAUCAUCUCCUUCCUAUGAAGAUCAUGAUGAGGAAGGGGAUAGCGAUCCAUUGUUGCAGUAG